CAAGAUCACAGGCUGAGCGUGCAUUGAACUUCUGACUUUAGCUUAGGGGGUGAGGUAAACAACAGGACUAUAAAUAUCCGAGUUUCUCACUGUGGCUUUGUGGAGCCGCCCAGCUGAGCAGAGAGAAAGGAAGCAAGCUGCUCGGGAGGGGUUGUGACAACCCCAGCCAUGUGGAGAGGCCUGGGGUUGGCCCUGGCUCUCUGUCUCCUCCUAGCUGGAGGAUCAGAGAGCCAGGGCCAAAGCUCCCAUUGUAAGCAACCUCCAGCCUGGAGCAUAAAGGAUCAAGACCCUAUGCUGAACUCCUAUGGUUCAGUGACCGUGGUUGCUCUUCUUCAAGCCAGCUGAUACCUGUGCCUUCUGCAGGCAUCUAGAUUGGAGGACCUGCGAGUAAAACUGGAGAAAGAAGGAUAUUCUAACAUCUCCUAUGUUGUUGUUAAUCAUCAAGGAAUCUCUUCUCGAUUAAAAUAUGUGCAUCUUAAAAAUAAGGUUUCAGAACAUAUUCCUGUUUACCAACAAGAAGAAAACCAACCAGAUGUCUGGACUCUCUUAAAUGGAAAUAAAGAUGACUUCCUCAUAUAUGACAGAUGUGGUCGCCUUGUAUAUCAUCUUGGUUUGCCUUAUUCCUUCCUAACUUUCACAUAUGUAGAAGACUCCAUUAAGACUGUUUACUGUGAAGAUAAAUGUGGAAACUGCUCUCUCAAGACACUGGAAGAUGAAGACUUCUGUAAAAAUGUAUCUCUGGCUACCAAGGAGAAAACAGCUGAGGCUUCACAGCGACAUCACCAUCACCAUCACCAUCAGCAGCCCCAUCCCCAUCCCCAUCCCCAUCCCCAUCCCCAUCCCCAUCCCCAUCCCCAUCCCCAUCAUGGGCAUCAGCUUCAUGAAAAUGCUCAUCUUUCAGAGUCUCCAAAACCAGACGCACCAGAUACCCCUGAGAAUCCCCCUCCUUCGGGUCUUCAUCACCACCACCAUAGGCACAAGGGUCACCAAAGACAGGCUCACUCAGAUAACUGUGAUACACCAGUAGGAAGUGAAAGUUUACAACUUUCUCUUCCACAAAAGAAGCUCUGACGAAAGAGAUGCAUAAAUCAGUUACUCUGACAGUUUCCCAAAGAUUCAGAAUCUGCUUUGAGUAGCUGCUGUUGCCACUGUCGACAUCUGGUAUUUGAAAAAACAGGGUCUGCAAUCACCUGACAGUGUAAAGAAGACCUCCCCUCUCUAUGUAGCUGACAGGGCCUUUUGGCAGAGGAGAACGUCAUUGAAUCCUGACAGUGACGUUUGCCUCCAGCUGCCUGACAGGCAGCAGGUCAGCAGCUCAACCCCACAAAACCCAGCACCAAGUGAAGCUGAAAAAAUCAGGCCAAAUUGUGAAAAUGACCUUCAAAUUAAAUAUAUGAAAUUGGAUAUACUCCCCAAGUCAAUCUACACAAUUACAUUUCCAGCAUUUUAUAAGGUACCUAAUUAAUAGUGAUCCAAAAAUAGGAAUUGGAUUUGUGCAAACAUGGAGAAAUUGACUUCCACAUUUUAAAAUUUAAGUCAAAGAAAUUUUGACCCAAACCAUAUUUUUAUUCAGCUGUAAGGUGGUUGCAGCAUUUGGUUAAUAUGUUUUUCUUUUUCUUUUUCCAGUAUUCUACUUGCAUUAAUGAGAACAGAAACGUAAACUAUAACCUAGGGGUUUCUGUUGGAUAGUUGGCAACUUAGAAUGGAGGAAGAACAACAAAGACAUGUUUUCCAUUUUUUUCUUUACUUAUUUCUCAAAACAAUAUUAUCUUUGUCUUUUUAAUCUUAUGUUUUUAACAGAUUAAACCUUUAAAGCAAGAAGUGAAUUCUGUCUUUUCAGACCCAGAAAUACUCACACAUGAAUAUUUUGCUAUGAUUACAUUUUAGAUAUCCAUUUAUACUUUUUUAUAUCUAAGACUCAUAUCUUGAUUUUUACUAUCAUAUAUGAAUGAAGCCUUUAUAUCUUGUUUUCUUUAUCUAGCAUUUUAUCAUACUCUUUAAAAUUUGAGACUGCCAAUCUUGAAAGAUAGAUGGGAAAAGAUAAAAGAAUGUUGUCUAACUCUUAAUUGCUUAGGAAGUAUUUCCAUAGUCAAUGAUGGUUCAAUAGGCAAACCAGGUCCUAUAAACCUGAAUUUUUUUAUGGUUAAUACUAUUAAGCAGAAAUGUAGAACAGGACUGGCAAAAAUGUGGAUGUUUAAAUUCAAUAAAAAAGUUUAAAGCUU